CUGUAAGUACACUUAUUCUUCCCGUGUAUACAGUGACGUUGACUCUAUUUUAAACGGCAAGUUCGAAAUUCUGAGUCUCAUCGACACUGUGCACAAGAAGUUCAUCUGCCAAGCCCUGGUUUUCGCUUUCCUAGGGCUUGGGCUGAGAACCCGUUCCCUGCCGCAUGCUGGCAGCUCUGGCAUGCCUGGGAGAGAAGCAGCAGACAAAAGCCUCUGAGCCUGGGACUAACUCGUCUUCUGUUCUCAGGGGGAGCCUCAGCACGGAGACCUGAAAAGAUGGUGUUAAAUCUUCUGGGACGCUUUCCUCUCCUACUAUUGCUGCUGGGACUAUGGGGGCUGGUGCAGCCACUUUGUGCUUGGCCUAAGUCUCUCACCCAUGCUCAGUGGUUUGAAAUUCAGCAUAUACGGCCAAGCCCUCUCCAAUGCAACAAGGCAAUGAAUGGUGUCAAUAAUUAUACCCAGCACUGUAAACCUGAAAACACCUUUCUGCAUGACUCCUUCCAGAACGUGGCUGCUGCCUGUGAUUUGCCCAACAUCGUCUGCAAGAACGGCCAGAAAAAUUGUCACCAGAGUCCAAAACCUGUUAACAUGACUCAAUGCAGUCUCACUGCAGGGAGGUAUCCUAACUGCCGAUAUAAAGAUUCUGCCCCAUACAAGUUCUACAUUGUUGCCUGUGACCCCCCUCAGAAGGGUGACCCUCCCUAUCAGUUGGUUCCUGUACACUUAGAUAGUAUUGUUUAAAAUUUCUAUCAUUUCCCUCUCACUUGUCACGGGUUCUCUUAUGAUCUCUUCUGUUUUUUCUUUUCUUUUAUUGAUUGCCCUGGUUCCUAUAGAAGAACCAUAGAAGAAAAAUUAGAGCGCCUAGGACACCAGACCAGAGUUGGAACAAAAAGAAAUAGGAUUCUUUUCUACUUUGGAGCUUUGUGUGUUUUGAAGGAAGGCAACAGGGAAGAGGGGAAAGAAAGGUCCAUGUCUCCAUAUUUUUAACCAUGAAACUUCUGCCAAGCUUUGUUGCACUGUGUUCACAGCAAUAAAACCACUUUCUGCUGCA